AUGAAGACGAUCAGACAACUUAGUGUGGUACUAUUCUUAACUCUAUUGAAUUUGGCAUUUGGUUUACAUUUAGAUAUCGAAGCUAAGCAAGAAUCUGACCCGGAACCAGUUUGUAUUCGUGAUUUCGUCAGUGAAGGUCAAUUAGUUGUUAUCAAUAUCGAUUCUGAUGGUCGUGUUGGUGAUGGACAACAAUUGAAUGUCUUUGUUCGUGAUUCUAAUGGGAAUGAAUAUCGUCGAAAGAAUGAUUUUGCCGGUAACGUUCGUGUCGCUUUUACUGCACCAUCAAGUACAUCAUUCGAUGUUUGUUUAGUCAAUAUGGGUACUAAAGGUAUGAAGAGAUCUGUUGAAUUAGAUAUUGAAAGUGGUUCUGAAGCUCGUGACUGGAAUCAAAUCAGUGCUAAUGAGAAAUUGAAACCAAUCGAAGUAGAAUUAAGAAGAAUUGAAGAAUUAACUGAUGAAAUCGUUGAUGAAUUACAAUAUUUGAAAAACAGAGAGGAAAGAUUAAGAGAUACUAAUGAAUCGACUAAUAGAAGAGUUAGAAAUUUCUCUAUCUUGAUCAUUAUUGUCUUAGCUUCAUUGGGGGCAUGGCAAAUUACUUACUUAAAAAGAUAUUUCAGAACCAAGCAUAUCAUCUAG